AUGAGUAUCUCGCUGACUGAAUCAUCGCUAAUGAUGCACUUCCCUGCUCAAAUAGCGAUUUCCUUCCUACUGUCAACUAGGAUAAUGAAUCUGCAUGGUGCCUUGGAUGAUCAUCCGGACUCGUACUGGCUGACUGUGGAUCUGCUGAGCGUGGAUUGGCGUAAAGGUUGCCUAACUACAGCUGGCUGUGCAGAACCACGGUUUCAGAUCACCGAAUUGAACACAGUUAACAAUGAAGCAAAUUCGAUCAGCUGGCCGGUAACACUCAAAAUGGCUGAGGAAGGCCAACAUUCAUUUAUCUCACACUGGACAUCUAGCAGUGUUAGCGAUAUCGCAUUGAAAUGUGAAGUAGCCGGCUUGGAUCCCGCUUACGGGUUUCCGCGAAUAUGCGAUUCCACUGCUAUACGGCGCAUUUUUGAGGAUGAGGACAAAUGCUUGCAGCAUGAUCACCUUGGUCGUCCUCGAAAGCAAAAGUUAACAAAAAACGGAAAAUUGGUGAUGGAAGUACGAGCGAAAUGCUUCAACGCUUCGUUAGCCGUGCAAAAGUAUGACCGCUGCCCGACUUGUGCUGAGCACCACAGUAUCGCGGUGGUUGAACAGUACACGGAUCCAGAAACGAGCAACGAUUUAUUGCAUCGUAUCAAUGGUAAUGAUCACUUCAUUUAUGCGCUGCUGAUACUAUCAGCAUUUACUGCUGUACUGACAACCGGAUUCGCUUGCCUCUUUAUUGCCUUUCUACAUCAAAAGCGGCGCUUGAAAGUGUGCACAUCCAAGCAGCGCUUGCAUUCCGAACCGCUCAAUACAAUACAUACGUUGCAUGCUUGCCCCGAAGAUACAAGGUACGAUGUUCCGUGGGAGCAAGUUUCAACAACAUAUCGACGACCACCUUACCGAAAUUUAAGUAGCAAAGGCAGCUUUACCGCAAUGCCGCCCUCAUUGAUUGGACCAGUCUCCGAUGUCACGGCGCUGGCACGACCUGAUAUCAGAAAAACUUCACCAAGUUCGUCGUUCGGUGCCGAGCGGCAUGACGAUAGCGGCUUAGAAUCUGUUUAG